UGGCCUGUCCAUUGCGUCCGCCCUGGUACCGUAUAUGCCAGAUACGGGUAUAUCGUGAUCAGAUCACAAUUUGCACCUCGAAUCACCAGCACCUAACCCUGCUCUAGCUGCCAGGCGCGGGGGUCGAAGCCAGGCGGCAGACGCAGGUGCUGCAAUGCGUCACUCUAGCUUUCGACAUUUCGACUUUUUGUUCUUUUAUUUUGCAUCAUCUAGCAACAGCCAUGAUUUUGCUCGAGCCCAACAGCUAUGUUCUAGAGGAGACGCUGCUCGCACGCUUCAACAGCGAAAAGCAUGAGGUGGUGGACAUCACGCUGGUAGAUUUCGACAACGUCAUUUACCAUGUGCAGACGCAGGCAGAGCAGCGCAACCUGCUGACGCUGGGGGUUGAGAUGAAGUACUUCAACGAGGUGGUGCAGUACGGUGCCAACGAGAUCCUGCAGCGCGAGUACGGGCCGUACCUGUCGUCGUCGGCCAGCGGGCAGUACCAAAUCACGCUUGAGUUCAACCUGGACUCGCUGCCGGAAGACAAGGCAGGGCUGGCGAAGCAUGUGUCGAUGCUGAAGCGCAACGUCCUGGCGUCGCCGUUUGUGCGUGCGUUCGAAUACUGGGAGUCGCAGCAGGAGGGGGCAGGGCCGCUGAUGGCGACGCACUACCGCGAGGACGAGGCAAUCUACGUGCAGGCGCAGCAGGACCGAGUGACAGUGAUCUUCAGCACGCUGUUCCGGGAGGAGGUGGACCGGGUGCUGGGGCGGGUGUUCCUGCAGGAGUUCGUCGAUGCGCGGCGCCAGGCGUCGAUCCAGAAUGCACCGCAGGUGUUCUACUCGAGCCGCGAGGCGCCGCUGGAGAUCCGCCACCUGCCGGGCCUGAAGCAGGACGAGAGCGUCGGGUAUGUGUCGUUUGUGCUGUUCCCGCGGCACUUUGCCGAUGCUGACGUGCGCGAGAAGACCAUCUCGCAGAUCCAGCUGUUCCGCGACUACCUGCACUACCACAUCAAGUGCGCCAAGGCGUACAUGCACUCGCGCAUGCGUACCCGCGUCACGUCGUUCCUCAAGGUCAUUAACCGUGCCAAGCCCGACCGCACCACAGCCACGUCGGAAAAGAGGACAGCCACCGGCCGCUACUUCCGCCCGCAGUUCCGCCAGGCAUCGGCGUCGCCGCAGCUGGGUGGCGAGAGCGAGUGGUGAGUUUAUACUUAGGGAUCCAUAUUAAAGACAUAUAACCCUCCCCUGUCUUCGACUGUCUCUUGCAUUUCGCUGGUCAUCACCGGCUGGG